CUCGGCCGAGAAGCAGCACCAAAUUCAGCAUUCAGCUGCACCGAUCAACUCUGCGUAGCUUCACCUCAGCUCAGAGCUAUGGCGGCUGAAAUCGUGAGAAGAAGUCUUAAAGCUACAAAAUUUACCUUCCUUAAAACCCUAACCGCUUCUCAAACCCGUAUUUUCAGUAACUUAGCAACUUCAGCACAACCCGAAUCAUCAGAUGACCCAUCUUCUUCCUCCUUCACUUUUUACGGUGGAGAUCCAAAUUCUUCAACAACCAAUGAUAAUAUUAUCAUAAAGGGUCCAAAAAAGACUUCACCUUUAUCAUCACAAGAUUCAGCAUCUGUGUCUAUGCCUAUGUCAUUCAUGACUGGAUCAAUUGUGGGGAAGAGGUUUUACAAGAAAGUGACAACUAGAGAAGCUGAUGAUGGAAUUGGUUGGAGUGUUAUGCUUGAUUAUCGUACCCUUAAAACCCCUUCUAAGCGUCCACUCAAAUGCCCAACUUUAGCUCUUGCUAAAGCUAUUGCUGCUGAAUGGGAAUACCAGGAAGCAGAUGGGAUCAGACCCUUUACUAUGCCACUGAUGAAACUUUCAUGUACUGCACUAGAAAGAGUUCCACUGACGCGGCAAAAGAUUAUUGAUCAUUUGAUGAAGAAAUUCCCUCAAGAUUUAGUAUUCUGUCGUGCUCCUGGGGAUAAUGAUCUGACAAGUGGAGUUCGCGAGCGUCAAGUGGAGAAAAUCGAUCCUCUUCUUAAGUGGGUAGAGUCAGAAUUUGGCUUCAAGCCAGCCGUAUAUACCAGUUUUUUUGGUGGCAAGCAAGCUGAUGGUCUGGUUAGUGCCAUUGAAAGCCUUCUCAAGAAAAUGGAUGAUUGUGAAUUAGCAACAAUUGAUGCAAUUGCUUCAGCUGCACAUUCGCUUGUCAUUGCACUUGGACUUUUCCGUGGUAGAUUGGGAAUUGAAGAGGCUAUUGAGUUGAUUAGGCUCGAGGAAGAUUUGCAGGUUGACAGUUGGGGUCUCGUUGAAGGCGGCCAUGAUGUUGAUAUUGCAGAUUUAAAAGUUCAGAUUGCUUCAGCUGUGGUGUUUCUUGGACUUACGAGGAGGGUAUAAAUAUGACUCAUCAAAUUUAAGGAAUAUUUGCUUGAAGCUGGCCAAAAGAAGAAAAAUGUUAGGUAUUUAAGUGGAGAAGGGUUAAGAUGUGGGCUUAUUAUCUGAGGAGUUUUGAACCGUGCACCACCAGCCUACGCGAAUUUCUUGACUAUCCGGAAAAAAGAAGAAGAGAACUUUUACCUGCAAAUUCAGGGGCUCAACGCUCUUCUCGGCAGCACUGUAUGCAGAGAGGCGGCUGCUUUGUGAUAUCACAAUAACAACAGGCUAUGUCGCAGUUGUUGUUGCAACCUAUUCGAAAGAAAAGUGUAGCAAGAUUGUUAGUUCAUCUCCUGAUUAUAUGCAGAUAAAAACUAUGUUUUGCCCAGACUCUUCAAAAAUACAGCGGGGUGUCUCGAAUCCGAGACGCUGCAGCAAUUUUUGAAGAGUUCGAGCAACAUAGGACAGAUGUUAUACUGAAGCGGAAAGGGGUAAAAGAAAUGGAUUGUUUUAGGUAACCUGUUACUGUGAUGUAUUGAGAUGAUUCCACAGUUUUAGGAUUUAUGAGAAAUGGAAGGCGAGUGCUUAUUCCAAGUUUACUUA